AUGUCCCAGACCCAAGCAGCAAAGGUCCGAGUGACUCUCUUCUGCAUCCUGGUGGGCACGGUGCUGGCCACGGUGGCCGUGGUGACGGACCACUGGGCCGUACUAAGCCCUCACCUGGAGCAGCACAAUGUCACCUGCGAGGCAGCCCACUUCGGCCUCUGGAGGAUUUGCACCUCGCGUGUCGCCGUGGACACCCUGGAGGACAAGAGCUGUGGCCACGCCAUGCUGUCACGGGAGAAGAACUGCUCCUACUUCCGGCAUUUCAACCCAGGCGAGAGCUCGGAGAUCUUCGAAUUCACCACCCAGAGGGAGUACAGCAUCUCCGCGGCGGCCAUCGCCAUCUUCAGCCUGGGCUUCGCCAUCGUGGGCACGGUCUGCGCGCUGCUGUCCUUCGGGAAGAAGCGGGAUUACCUGCUGCGGCCGGCCUCCAUGUUCUACGCCUUCGCAGGACUCUGCAUCUUCGUGUCGGUGGAGGUCCUGCGGCAGUCGGUGAAGCGCAUGAUCGACAGUGAGGACACCGUGUGGAUCCACUACUACUAUUCGUGGUCGUUCGCUUGUGCCUGCACGGCCUUCGUCCUGCUCUUCCUGGGCGGGCUGGCCCUCCUGCUCUUCUCCCUGCCCCGGAUGCCCCAGAACCCCUGGGAGUCCUGCAUGGAUGCAGAGCCCGAGCAUUAG